AUGACGGUGAAACAGAGGAUUUACAACAGGAAGAAUGGGAAUUUUGGAAGAGUUGUAUCGAAUAAUGGCGACGCGGAGGUGAGAAAUUUAAGAUUCGAGAGUUGUUUCGAGUAAAAACAUUUUUUUGUGGCUUGAUUUUCGCGAUUGCAGGUCGAAAAUUCGAUUCAAAAUGGCGUUAUUGGACAGAUGAAGCCAGCCGAACUCGAAGAAUGCACUCGAAAAGAAAAGAAAUUGGCCAACAAUGGUGUUCAAAAAAGAAAAAAUCCAAAAGAUUUACAGGACAGCACAAACGAACUUCCAGAGAGUAGAGGGACGUCUAAACAAGUCAACAGGAAGUUCAGUGGUGAUUAUACCGCCCAGAUCCGGACGAAAACUCCAGCUAAACCCGGGAGAAUACAAAAUUUGGAAGCAGACUUGUAUCGGAAGAAACAUAACGAUAAAGUGACCAACGACACUGCAGAGCCGCCAAUUGAGCCGUUGCGCGAUGAGACGAUAUCGGACACACGAUGUAGUACACCUAGACCAGGCAGAAUACGGAAUUUGGAGGCGGAUUUGUAUCGAAAGAAUCGUAUUACUAAGGGAAAUUCGAAGGCGGUAGAGCCGUUGAAAGAGACGUUACAAGAUGUGAAGAAAUUUCCAAUCGCAUCUCAUGGUACCAUAAGGAAUUCUGUCUCCGUUGUGGAUAAGAAACAGACCAGGAAAUCAAAAUUCGCGGAGAAACAGUCAGGCCAAACUCAACAGAAAGGAGUGCCGUUGGAAGAGAAUCCGGUUCAGUCCGCUAUAAGGAGCCAUGAUUUUAGGCCCGUAGUUCAAAAGGGUACAAGACCUUCCAGUGUUUUUGGUCAUCAGCUUUUACCCAGGAGCAUUCGAGAAUGUCCACCACUGAAGAAUAAAAGGAAUGGGACAGUGGAGAGCACUGGACAGACAAGAAGGUCAAGGCCGCUAAGCUCGGAUCACAGUUCAUCAAACAAUGCAGUUUCUCAAAUACCGGAUAGGACACAAGAUGUUGAUAAUCCGAACGAAAAAUUAGUGUUUUAUGGCGUUAGUCUCCGCGUGUUUGACGAAAACAGCCCGAGAAGCAGACGGGCCAGAAGUCUGACGAGGGAAACUAGGAGAUUCCAUGUCGACAAACCGCCACCUCCAAAGGAAUGGCCUCAAUGCAAAGUUGAUGAAAGUUUGUUCAUCACAAGAAGAAAAAGAGGAUUCAGCGAAGUUUUGGAGAAAAUAAAGAGAACAGAGGAGGAAAGUAAUGCGUCAAAAACAUUGAAGAAACUUGAUUCUCCUGGGAAAAGCAGAAACGGAAAUUUUUUUGCAAGGGAUGCCACGAAAUUUGUUGAUGGUAUCAAUUGGUUUUGUUUGGAGUUCCAGGAGAGAAAGAUGGAGGAGAAGCCGAAGGAAAUUGUGAAGAAAACUACAAUAACGCCGGUAGUUGAUGAUGAUCAACGUUCAAAAAUAGGCGUUAAUAAUGGGCAGUCCAAAGAAGUAAAGAAAGUGCUUCUAGACACGAAGAACAGCAACGAUUCCCAAUCCCCAAGGCCGACGUAUAAGAUUACAACAAAGAAGAUUGAAAUCAACACACCUUCGAGAGUUAAACGAGUAGUACGGACUAAAGUUAGCAAUGCGAAAUGGAGUCGGAGGAGCAGCUAUGAGCUGAUAAUUUCGAAUGCAAAGAUCGAGGAUACCAAACAAGGUGAGAACUUUGAACUUUAG